AUGCCACUCACAGCAACCUACAAACAAGUCUCCACCAAAAUAACAACCGACAUCUAUCUCCCUGCACCAACUUCCUCUCCAUGCCCCGUCUUAAUAAACAUCCACGGCGGCGCCUUCAUGCUAGGUGACUCGCGCAUGAUUUCAAUUCCCCAAGUAGAUGACUGUCUGUCGCGCGGUUGGAUCGUCGUCGUCCCGAAUCACCGGCUGUGUCCGCAGGUGAAUAUCCGGGACGGUCCGCUGCGUGAUGUGAGGGAUUGUUUAGAGUGGGUUUAUUCCGAUGAUGGAUUAGAUAGGUUUCUACGUUCGAAUGAGGAAGCGAGCAGGGUGAGCGUUGAUAAGGAGAAGGUUAUGGCGUUUGGAACGUCGAGUGGAGGGAUGUUGGCUUGUGGAUUGGGAUAUGGCGUCCCCCGUCCACCACGGGCAAUCCUAAAUUUCUACGGCGCAGUCCACUUCACCCACCCAUGCUGGACGCAACCGAUCCCCACCAUCCAAUCCAAACUCCCGCCAGAUCUCACCUCUUCGUUCCUUGACCAAGUCUACACCCAAGUACCUAUCCCAAUCAGCAGCAACGUCUCCCUAGAAGGCCAAAGUGAAACCGGCCAAAGCGCAGGCCCCGACUUCUCUCGCCCCCGCGACGCCUUCGCCUUUACGCAGAUCGCCAACGGCACCGUGAUCCAGGCGUGCUGUCCGGAUCCUGAUGUGCGGAGGGAAAUUGACCCCGUGCUUAAUGUGAAGAAAUGGUUUCCGCCGACCUUUGUCGUGCACGGACUGGAGGAUAAAAUGGUUUCGAUCGAGGUGAGUCGGGAGUUGGUACGGGUACUUAAGGAGGCAGGGGUGGAGUGCGGGAUGGUAGAGGUACCUGGGGAGGGACAUACGUUUGCUAUGGUGAUGGAGGUUGGAGGAAGGACUUGGGAGUUGCAGAGGCAGGGGUUUGAAUUUUUGGAAAGAGUUAUUUCUUCUUGA